CAUUCGGGCGUGCGAGGUACAGCUACGUUAGCUAGGUGGCUAAACUGUUGUUUACUGAUUUUAGCUAGCUAGCAUUUACAAUGAAAACGUGUAGCUAAGUGUUGUCUGUUGCCUUAACGUUUUUCACCAUAUACAAAAUUAAACUAGUUUAGCUAUCCAACUAACGUUAUCUGAAAAAGUUCGCUGAUCUACUUAUAGCUUUGAUACAAAGCUUAGCAAGCUAAGGUUAGCAUGUCUGCUAGGCUGCACAUGAGUUUGCACCAAAUAUAGUGGUGUGCACAAAAACAGGAGAGUUGUUUGAACCAACUAUGAAUAACCUAAUUUAGCUGGCCAUCCAUCUAUCUGCCAGGUUGCCGGCAGUGGUGGAAAAAAAUGACCCAGUUGUCAUAGUAAAAGUAAAUAUACCUCAAUAGAAAACGACUCAAGUCACCCAGUAAAAUCCUACUUGAGUAAAAGUUUUUUUUUAUAAAAAAAAAUAGGUUUAAAAUAUACUUAAGUAUCAGAAGGAAAUGUAAUUCCAUAAAUAGUAAGCAUUGCAAGUAUAAAUAUAAAUCUUUAUAUUAAGAAAACCAGACGGCACAAUUUUAAUCUUUUUUAAUUUACGGAUAGCAAGGGGGGCACAGAAACUCGGGCAUAAUUUACAAAGCAUUUGUGUUUAGUGAGUCUGUCAGAUCAGAUGCAAUAAGGGAUGACCAGGGAUUUUCUCUUUAGGUCCCCGAAUUAGACCGUUUUCUUGUCCUGCUUAAGCAUUCAAAAUGUAACUAGUACUUUUGGGUGUCAGGGAAAAAGUAAAAAAUACAUUUUCAAGAAUGUAGUGAUGUAAAAGUCGUUAAAAAUAUAAAUACCCCCAAAAACUACUUAAGUAAAAAUAAAGUACUACUUAAGUACUUUAGAUCACUGGUUGACUGUCUGUUUCUGCUCUUUUGCCAACUCCAUAUCAUGGAGAACCAGUACCUGGGCUUAACUUGCAUGCAUGCAUGCAUGCAUGCAUGCCAAACAUGACAAUGAGUGACAGGAGUUGGCAUGAUGGCACAGACAGACUGGCACUCAGGCUACCAUCUACCUGGCUUGUAGUGCAUGAAAUACCUCUUGUCCGAUGUCACGUUUUAUACCCACAUUUCUAUGGCCAGAGGAACUACGCCGUGAAUUUGGUCGUUAUGGGCCUAUUGUAGAUGUCUACAUUCCACUUGACUUCUCUACACGGCGACCAAGAGGAUUUGCUUACAUUCAAUUCGAAGACGUGCGAGAUGCAGAGGAUGCCCUCCACAACCUGGACCACAAGUGGGUGUGUGGUCGACAGAUCGAGAUCCAGUUUGCACAGGGUGACCGAAAAACCCCCAACCAGAUGAAGACUAAGGAGAGCUCUCCUCGCAGAGGGUCCCGCAGCAGCUCCUUCUCCCGCUACGACGACUACGAACGCGGCGAUGGCCGACGCAGACGCAGUCGCAGCUACGAAAGGCACCGGUCGCGCAGCCCUUCGUGCGACCGCCGUCCUCGGAGGUCAGAGAGCCCCAGAGACUCUCGGUCAAAUGGCAGGCACAGGCGAAGCAGAAGCCAUGAAAAUAACAGGUACAGGGGGCCUCCACGUGAACACCACAGGAAUCACCACGCACCCCCGUCUCGUAACCGCUCCGCCUCCCGCUCCCCCUCUCAUCCCAGAUCCAGGCCCAAAGACACAAAGUCCCAGUCCAAAUCCCCCAGCCCCGUCAAGGACUUCCACACCUCUUCUGGCUCCCAGAAACAGGCCUGUCGACGCUCCUACUCGAGAUCUGUGUCCCGAUCUCGCUCCAGAUCCUAGGACCCCACCACCCUCAAACCCUGUUAUUCUGUAGCUAAAGAUGUUUUUGAAUAUGGUAUCUAGUGAGUGGUUAUUACACACCCCACCUCAGUUCAUUAGUUGAGUUAUCAUGAUAUCGCUGGGCUGAUACCAUUCAACAGAGCUGGUUGUCCCUACAGAUGGAUAGUCAUUUUUGUUAGUUCAGUUUCAUUCACCUCUAAAGAAAAUUGGCUGUUUUUAAUUUACCUUCAUAUCUGUUUAAUUCUAUUAUUUGAGAACCCAAUGGAAUUAAGUUCAGCGCAUAAGAAUUGGUCAACUAUGAAAUGUCAAGGUACUGCUUGUUUUGAGCUAACAGGUAUUAACCUCUGGCCAUAGAAGUUGAGUGCAAAAACCCAUUUAUAAGAAAACAAGUUAUCCAUCUGGAGUUUGCAGUGAUAUCUAGCCAUCAAGUUUACUGCUAUUAUUUUUGUACAUUUGAUGUAACUAAAGUCUGCAUUUUUUAAAAUCCGUUUUUAUUUUGUUUGUUCAAUUCUUGCAGCAGUUUUCUCUGUGGAUUAAACAUGUUAAGUUUUAA